AUGAAAAGCCCUGGGUGCGCUUCAAGGCAUUUCAGAUGUCACAUCAUUUUCAGCCUCUGCCUGGGACUCAUCUUCCUGUCAGGAUUCUUCCAUGUGAAGAACAAAAAUUACCUGAUCGUGAAGAGCCACAAGGAGCUGCUGAUGUCUUCCACGCCUUGCCGUGCCAAGACUAACGUCAUGUUCCUCAAGACCCACAAGACAGCCAGCAGCACCGUCCUGAACAUCAUGUUCAGGUUCGCGGAGAGGUACAACCUCACCGUCGCCCUCCCGGCUGGCCAGCUCGUCCACCUGGGCUACCCGAAGACCUUCCUGGCCCACUUUGUGGAGGGAUUUCAAACCAUAGGACAACACUACAACAUCAUGUGCAACCACCUGAGGUUUAACCUCUCGGAGGUGCAGAAGGUGAUGGCAGUCAACACCUUCUACUUCUCCAUCCUGAGGAACCCCAUUCCUCUGCUGGAGUCUUCCUACGUCUACUACAAGGACAACGUUCCUGCCUUCAGGAUCUCCAAGGACGUGAACGAGUACCUAACGUCACCCACCAAGUAUUACCGUUCAGCGGAUUACAAGCAGAACAUCUACGCCAGGAACAUCAUGUGGUUCGACUUUGGCUACGACAACAAUGCGGAGGACAACAAGGAGUACACCCAGGAGGUCUUGAAGGAGAUCGAGCAGAACUUCCACCUGAUCUUGAUAGCGGACUACUUUGAUGAGUCCAUGAUCCUCCUGAAGCACGCUUUGUGCUGGGAUCUGGAUGACGUCAUUUACUUCAAGCUCAAUUCCAGAAGCCAGGACACUGUCCAGACCUUGACUCCGGAAAGCGAGGAGCGGAUAAAGGAGUGGUGCUCGCUGGACUGGAAGCUCUACCUGCACUUCAACCAGAGCUUCUGGAGGAGGAUUGAGGAGACCAUAGGACUCGAGGAGCUGGAGAAGGAGGUGAAUCACCUGCGGAUGAGGCAGAAGGAACUCAUGGAGACCUGUCUCUCGGACCAGGAGGCUGUGAUGAAGGAUCACAUCAAGAACAAGGCUCUCCUGCCUUUCCAGUCAGGGGCUGCAAAUAUCCUCGGGUACAACCUCAAACAAGCCUUGGACAACAGGACUCUGAGAACCUGCCAGAAGAUGGUUAUGCCGGAGCUGCAGUACACGUCCCAUCUCUACGCCGUUCAACACCCGCACAGGAGGAGGAAGCGGUUAGGCUUGCCCGUGCUGCAGACCAAGCUACAGGGGAAGAUGCAGCUCCCAACUCCCAACUCGGGCACGUGA